AUUUCUAUUUUACUGAUGCCAACAUGAUGUUUUGGAAAGCCCCGUCGAGCAUUCCGUACCCUCAAGGGCAUUAUAAGGCUGCAAGCACUGAUUCGUGGUCACUUAGUCAGAAGACAAGCUGCUGCUACUUUAUGCAGUGCAUGGGGAAAUGUUAAGUUCCAAGCACUAGUUUGUGGCCAAAAGGUCGGACGCACAGAUAUUGCUAUUGAAGUGCAGAAAAUAUAUCUGAGAGCUCUUCCGGUUGCUAAAUCUGCCAGUGAAUUAAGUGCGCCAGCUAGAGUGAAGAAUCUAUCUAAUAAUGCUUUUAUUAGGAAGCUUCUGUCUUCGUCACCUACUGUGUUGCCUUAACGGCUUCAGUAUGGGCCAGGGGAACCUAAUUUAGCCAGGGAGUGGCUUGAACGCUGAAUGAGAUUGCACUUCUGGGAACCUCAACCAAUUAGGAGUCUUGCCUCAAAGUCUCAGGUAAAGGUUGAACAUAAUGAACAUGAGCAAGGCAAGACCAAACAAACUAUCCGGAAACUAUCCAAUGGAAAAUUUGAAAAUGGCUCCAUUCGUGCUAGUUCAGAGAAUGAAAAACACAAACACAAUCCAAGGAAAGUUUCCACAAACGUAGCUGAUCCAGUUCGGGAACAACCCCAAAAUGAGAUUAGAAGGUUAAGUGCAACUUAAGAAAAUACCUGACUCUACAAAGGAGAUCUUUGGUAGGGCAGAAGUGAAUACUGAGAUUCCAAAUCAAACUCUAAUGAAAACUUCUGCUUCUUCUAUGGUAGAUGUUUUUGAGGGGAUUCUGCUGAGAAGAGGAAUGUUGUUAGUGUUGCAUCAGCAAAACUAUCAAAUCUUGAGGUCAAUCCAAAACUGUCAACUGCAAAUGAUUCUGUUGAAGAAUCAAACAUUGCCCCUGCUGUAGACUCAACCUACCGAAAGCAAUGAUAAAGUUGAGAACAUGCAUGCAACUGAUGAACAGUUGAGCUCUAAGGAUGGCAUUAUCAGCAGUGAGAACUUGAACACAAGCCAAAGAAGAGCUUCUUUACCUGGAAAGAUUGACACUAAAGAGAAUGGUUUAUAUGGCACACCAAAGUGCUGUGUUAUAUGGCACCUACUGAAUCUGUUAAGGCUAAGCUCAGAGGACAAGGGUCCCCAAGAUUUGCACGUGAUGUGAUAGAGAAAAAUGGGGUAACCAGGUGGCAUUCUCUGCCAUCUGCUACCAAUAGCAACUUAAGUUCACCAUCACCAAGGGCACAGAGAUUGGUUCAAGCAUCUGGAAAGGGGGCUAUGAGAAAUGACAAAUCACUUUCAUCAUCUAGAGAUGCUAGUGAUAACGGGAUCAAAGCUGACUGGAGAAGGUGAUUUUGCAUGAGAACCUGUUGUUGAAUUCCCAUGGAGGUGGAGAAACAUGCAACCUAAUGGCAGGGUUCCCACUUUAUGUAUUUGAUUACUGAGGUUUAUUCACCAGGAGAAUUCAUCAACUACUCUAGUCUUCGGUUUGCACUGUAUGUUUUAAUUUCUUUGGCACAUAGUUAUAGGCGGGGUAAAUAUUAAAGGUGUUGUUAGCUUGGUUUCUGUUAGUCUAUCUGUCAAGAAUUCAUCAACUACAAAUGUGAGUUCAUAUCUUAUAGUGUGAAGAUUGCAAGUUGA